AUGUCUCUCCUGGUGGCUGCAGUGGCCCUGGUCGUGCUGCCAGGAUGCCUGGGCCAGCGGGCCGGCGACCUGCUGGGCAACCUGCCACCCGCCGGCGGCGACUUGACCGUGCACCACUACUUCCCGGAGCACCCAAACAAGCAGAUUCCUGCGGGUGAUAUCAUCAGCGUCGUGGUCAGCGCGCACAACACAGGCAGCAAGCCAAUGAACCUGUCCGCAGUCGUGGGCAGCAUUAAUUCUGCCGAGAAGUACGAGAUGUUCAUCCAGAACUUCACCGUUGGGCGCUACUUCUCCCCCCUGGCUCCCGGCGCUGAGGCCUCCCUGGAGUACAAGUUCAGGGCCGACCCCAUCCUGGGGGGCACGCCCGCGCGGGAGUUCAUCGUGGCACUGCACCUCUUAUACGAGGUUGAGGGGUCAUACUUCAGCAGCACAUUCUUCAACCAGACUGUCGACAUCACGGAGGCACCCAAGGCGGUGGACUUUGACCUGCUCUGGCUCAUCGGCACCCUGCUCGCCAUCGUCGGCGCCGCCGGCUACUUUGGCUACGGGCUGCUGUCCGAGAAGCUGGGCCUGUCUAAGGGCCGGGCCAAGAAGGCCAAGAAGGUGGACGGCCCCAUCACUCUCGACGAGGACGACUGGGUCAGGGGCACACACUACGACGUGCAGAAGAAGCGCAGGGCGGCCACCAACGCCGCGGCCGCCAAGAAGGCCUGA